CCCCGAACAGCCCUGCUGAAUGGUUGGUUUGCGGCAGGAUCCCGUUUGUUUGCCUGUGUUACGUCCCUUUUGUUAUAUAAGCCUUGAACCCAAUCCAUCUCACCUCGUUUCUCUGUGUUUCGACUUAAUUCUUAUACCCUAACCCUAACUCUAUGCCUCUGCAAGAUGGAAGACAACGAAAACAUCGAGAUCAAGGACAUACAAUUCGGCUUCCGACGUUUUCAAGCACCUGCAAAACGAAUCUACGCGAAUCGACAUGUCUUUCUCUUAGAUGUCCCGCCAAAUCCAAUUGCUUCCUGGGUGUCCUCCUGGACGCCACAGCUCCUUCGCUCCUGGCUCGAGCGAUUGUUGCCAGAGUGGUUCUUGCCGGCAACCGUCGUCCUAAAGGAGCGAAAACCCGAGAAGGCUGAAGAAUACGAAAACGAGAUUGAUACAUACCAACGGCUUUAUCCACUCCAGGGCCAGUACAUCCCACGAAUGUUUGGUGAGGUUGCCAGCUACAACCCCAGCAAGACAAGAUAUCGGAUCAGCAAGCGGCCAACUCCAGCUAUCCUCUUGGAGAAAGUCGAAGGAGACUCACUACACAGUCUUCCACCCGAAGAGCUAGGGGAUCCUCUCCUUCUAGAUCAGCUUCAGGACAUGUACCGCCUCCUUACGGAAAAUGGGGUUGUUCAUGGGGACGCCAAGCUUCACAACUUUCUGCGUGACAGGAUGGGGAAGAGGAUCGUUGCCAUCGACUUCGAGCUUUCCCACCCUCUCCCUGACGACGUGACGAAUGACAAUGAGUUGGAAACUUUGAUAAUCGAGAUUGAGCAACGAAGGGACGCACAGUCUAUCGGCCCAGCACCCGGCUUCAGUACAUGCUCCAAGAGUAAUCUCCCUUCAAAAGACCAACUCCGCCCUGUCCAGUUUACGCCCGGGCGCCGCACGGAACCUACGAAUUUUGCGGAAUGGUGGGCCAGGUUGGCUUCCGUGCCAUCGUCUGCUUCUUAGAGCAUCA